CCCUUAUAUAUCUAUAGAGAGGAGGCCAAUGGGGCGGCCGGCCGAUGCAGCAGAUACUCCACCAUCAACAUACGAAAUGGUGCCGGAAUCUGACCCACAAUCGAACCACAAAGUCAAUCCAGACAUCAUCGGCCCCACCAUAGAGAUAUCUCCGGCCACCUACAACUCUCAACAUGGCCAAGAAUUGCAACAAGAGAGCAACCAGCCUCACCCAACUAAAAUGCCCAGAAAUAGCCCUCGCCCAUCUUCCCAACCUCAGGAUAACCCAAUAAACCACCACCAACAACAAUUCCAGUUCCCGUUGCACCAACAAGCAUCACCAUCUCCUUCUAAUCAGGCUUCGUACCAACCACGGGAUGCACCGGCACACCCACAGCCACCCCAAGAAGCCUGCUAUCCUCCCAAGGCACCGGCGGCAAACUAUCCUCCUCAGAGUGAGACACCCCAUGUGGCAAACUAUCCUCCUCAUAGUCAACCACCCCAAGCAGCAAACUACCCACCUCAUAGUCCGACAGCGCCAGCAAACUAUCCUCCACAACAAUACCCACAAAUGUAUCAGAACAGUUAUCAAACUACUCAUCAUCAUCAGCAGCAGCAGCAGCAGCAGCCAGUGCAGUUUCCACCGCAGCAAUCUAAUCCUAAUGCUACUGUUUACCCACAGCAGGCAAUGCCGCAGGCCUAUCCUCAGACGUUCCCGUCCAAUAACAAUCCAGGGCUUCAGCAGAACGUUUCGGCGGCACCGGGGAUUCCAGUAGCACAGACAUACAAUCAACCUGCAAUGACAGUGGGGACUUACGGUACCAAUGCCGGCACCGAGGGUUGGACAACCGGCCUCUUCGACUUAAUGGAAGAUCCCCAAAACGCUCUUAUAACAAUUUUCUUCCCAUGCGUCACAUUCGGGCAGAUUGCUGAAAUCAUUGACAAUGGCCACACCACGUGUGGGACGAGUGGUAUUUUCUAUGGUGCAAUCGGGUUCCUGAUCGGAAUCCCGUGCCUGAUGUCGUGCUCGUACCGGACGAAGCUGAGGAGCAAGUAUGACCUGGUGGAGGCUCCGGCACCGGAUUGGCUCACCCACUUCCUCUGUGAAUGUUGUGCUUUAAGUCAAGAAUACAGGGAGCUUCGCAACCGAGGGUUUGACCCUGCAUUAGGAUGGAUUGGAAACCUGUCUAGGAAUCAAAACUUGCAGCAACAACAGCAGAUUCCUAUGGUUGCUCCAAUGAAUCAAACCAUGAUGGGAUGA